AUGGAGAAUCUUCCCUCUCUUCUGGAAAGCAUAUACGCCACAUGGCUGAGCCUCAGCUCCACGAUGGACACAAUGGACGUGAUAUUUGCCAUUGUGUGUGGACUGGGGCUCUACCUUCUGUUACUUCCCUUCAUUGAUAGUCAUCUGUCUUUACCGCUACCCAAUAUAAAGUUCACCAGGAAGCCUCAAAGGCAGAUGACCUGGCAGAGUCGAUACAGGAAAAAGUUUCAAACUCAUUCUAGGAAAGAUUCCAAAGCUUGGAGAGAAAGCCUGAAAAAGCUGAAAGAAAAAGAAAAAGAUGAAUCAUUUCUAGAAGAAAUUAGCCCAGGAUACCAUUUGAAUUCUUUAGGGAACAUGUUUAAGUCACCAAAUACUAAGCAAGACAGCACUAUCCUGCCACCCUUCUGGAACCUGAAAGAAAAAUCAGAAGAGCAGACAGCCACUCAGAAACUAUCAUAUCCCACCAUCUUGGGAGACCAUUUUCAAGAGAAAUACAACCAGCUUUUUUGGGGUCUCCCUUCUCUGCACAGUGAAUCUCUAGUGGCCACUGCCUGGAUCUCUCAGGCUACUUCUACUCUCCCUUGUCCCUUUUUCUUUUUCAAUGUCACCUCAAGUGCUUAUCGAGUUCAAAUGCGGGAUAAGAUGUCUCCAGUGCAUUCCUGUACACGUCCUCUGUCCUACCUGGACCUCCAAUCCCCACCCUUAACUCUGUCUCCAUCCCAAUUCCAGGCCCCAGCUCCGAAUCAAGUCCAUCCUCAAUCCCCUCUCCCAGCCCUACUGCCCUCUUCUCUACCCUACACAAUUGACUAUGGAGAUUAUGGACCAUCUUGUUCUCAGUCACAAAGUCAGUCGCAGUGCCUCCCUACUGAAAUACAACAUGCAGAAGGGCACUUGCUUACAAAACUAGAAAGUAGGCUGCCUUUACCCUUGAUGGUCCAGAGACCUCAAGAAGUCUAUGAUGUCUUGGCCCCCAACCUUUCCCAAGACUGGGACCGGGACUCUAUCCUUCCUGACAAUUUUCCUAUCAGCUGUGAGCUCCGAGAAAAACUGGAGCAACACAUUCAAAAGUGGCUCAUUCAACACCGAUGGGACCUUUCUCGUAAGAUCCAAGAGUCUCUGGAAGGGAUGCAGCUUCAGAACACAGUAACAGAACCUUGCCAAACCAGAGACAAACCAGGCCCCUCACUACCCUCUGUGUCUAUGGGUGACCAUAGCAAGGAUUGCCACAAGGUGAGAUUCCCACUAGAAAGGGAAUCUGGUAAGAAUUUGGGACCUAUUCUUGGUAAGAUCUCAAGAGAUCCAAACAGGUACUUGGAAAAAGCUCAAGUAACAUUACAAGGGGCAAAUCUUUUGAAGUCAGAAAGAAAUCCAGUGAAGAGCUUGAAGAGAGACUCCAGAACUGACUCAACAGAACAGAUGAACAACAAUCUAGAAAGCACCCUGAAAGCUCAUAUGCGCAAAAAGUCAGAGCAAAUUAAUCAAGGUGUGAUCCCUCUGUGUGUGCGUCAAUCCUGGCUUGCUAUGAAUGAUGGUUUUUCCAUGUCUGACAUCCAAAUGGAAACUAAAAAUUUACUACCCUCUAAGAGUUUAGAAAAGUCCAUGAGCUCCUCACAGAAGCUUGCCUUUCUUGAUCCAGGUGCUCACCAGGCCCUGGAAGAACAUAUUGUAAGGUUUCGGGUGAAGCACAGGUGGGGCCUACCCUUCAAGAUGCUCAAGCCUGUAAAUGUCAUUAAGCUGAAAAAAGCUGAGUCCUUGCCCGUUGCACUGUGUGACUUGCUACCCUCAACCACCUCUGUAUCUGGGACAAGUUCAGCAGUUGAGGUAGUCAGGUUCCUAGGAAAUCCAUGCCAGUUGAGAGAGGUGGUAAUUGAGGAUUCUUCUCCAUCACUAGGGAGUCUUCUCCUUGUCUCCUCUCCUUCCUGUAAGGAUAUUGAGAGAACCCUGAGAGCAUUUCCAUCUGGUGCUGACCAUGAGCCUUCACAGGCCCUGCCAACCAAAGCAGAGAGCAAUCAUCAUUUUGAAACUCUCAAACAUAAUUUCACGGGCAUACCAUCUCAGAGUGGGACUGUCUUAGAGAAAGAGAGAGAGACCCAAGAAGUCCUUUUACUGCCUAGAAGGACCAGUGUCCAAAACCCAGGGGCACACAGUCACCAGGAAACAACUCUUAGUGAGUUUCCACAAAGUGUGGAGACAGAACCAGUCAGCCAACCACAAGUCUAUACCACUGCUAUGCUCCUUCCAGAGCAUCCCAGGAGCACACGGCUUCCUGCAGACACUUUGGCUUCCCAGGGGUUAGGUGAUAUUGUGGUGGUAGGAGGGGACAAGAGCCUUGUGCAGCAGAAGCCCAGUACUCCAAAGCAUCAAGUCUCACCAAAGAGCCAAAUCAAUGUGUUGGCACCUACUUACCGAGGUGAGGAAACUAAAAGACAUUAUCAGUCUCUGCCAAAACCCACACAGGUUCCUCCAGAAAGCCCCUUCAAAAAACUUGUGAGCCGCUUUCUUCGAUGGAUUCACCCCAAGAAGGCAAUCAAAGGGCAGGAAUCUCCUCCUAAGAAAGGUAAGCCUACAGGAGCUACUGCCCAGAGUCAACAGAAGCCAGCCAAAAAGAAACCACGUGUGGACAGCAAUGUUGCUGAAGCCCAGGAACUUACGAAAACCCUUGGACAGAUGUUAGAAAAGAAAAUGACGCAGCAACAUAAACUCUGUGCCUUGAAGUUCAAUCAGCACAGGAAAACUUCUCCACCCCGUGCCCCUCAGUCUUCUUAUGGCCAUAAGCCAGCCUCUUACUCAGAGCAAAGAAGAGAACCCAGCCACCCAGGCAAUUCCUCCUGCCAAAGGUAUUCUACAAAGGAGAGGCGCAUCAAAGACCAAAAAUAUCAGAAUAUACAAUUGAGCAAUAAACCCCAGACCCCUCAGAAUCCCAAUCUCCUGCCUCUCAACACAACCUUGAACCUGCUGUGUUCCUCCCAGCAUGGAACAAUAGUGCCAACUGUUGCAAGUUGCCAUCUCUGCUGUCCUAGGCACUGUGCUGUUCAGAGAAAUAUCUGUAGACAACUAGAAAAUUCCUCUCUAAUUUUUAAUAGAGCAUGA